AUGGUAUUUUUAGGGUUCUGGACACAAACAUCCCUGCAAAAGUAUCUCUUAUUUGGACACAUUUUUUACCUAUUUACGAGCACAAUAUUUGUUCCAUUGCUUGCUUCGAUGAUUGCAAUAUGGCAAGUUUUUGACGGAGCUGUGCAUUUGUUAUCUUUGGAACUUGGAAAAAUGUUAAUAAAUACCUCAUGGAAAUACGUAACUAUCCAUGUGAUGAAUGCAACAUUUAUAAUUCCGUGCAAUCAACUACUUCAAAUUUCCCAGUUAGCAAGUAAGUGUAACGAAGUUUUAUGA